AUGAAAAUUAUUCGUUCAAUUAUCUAUAAUUUCUCCUAAAAUUUACAUAAUACAAAGAAUUUUAGAUCUUAAGCAUUAUUGGGGAAUGAAGAUGUCUAUUAAUGUUAUCAUAUCUAAAAAGGAAAGUAUCUAGACUCAUUUACUUAAGACCUUGAGUUAUUUACAAAAAAUUUAAUCCAAACAAUAAAUGAUUGUAAAUCAAAAUAAAUGAAAGCAAUUUGGAUUCAAUUAGAUUAAUGUUAAUUAACACUUGCUGAAAAAUUAAUUGAAUAAGGAUUUUAUAUGCAUCAUUGUACAUAAAAUUAUUUAUUAUUUUCUUAAUGGAUUGUUGAAGAUGAGAAAAACCAAUUACCAAAUUAUACUACUCAUUCAAUUGGUGCUGGAGGUUUAAUUCUUCAUAAUAAUUAAAUUUUAUUAAUUCAAGAAAAAAAUGGAUUGUAUAAAGAUGAAUGGACAAUACCUGGAGGAUUAGUAAAUGAUGAAGAAUUAAUUAUAGAAGCAGCCAUAAGAGAAGUUAAAGAAGAAGCAGGUUUAGAUGUUGAACCUUAUGAUUGUUUUUUAAUUAGGGAUCUACCCAUUGCUAAUUAGUAUUAAGCAGAUUUAUAUUUUGUUAUUUUAAUGAGAUUACAAAAUAAUAAUUAAUCCAUUAAAAUUUAAGAAUAAGAAAUUAAGAAUUUUAAGUGGGUUGAAUUGAAUGAAUUAUAAGAAGUAAAAUAUAACAAAUAAAAAAUUUAGUUUUAUUAGAAUAAUAAAUUUGGAAUGGUUUAAAGCAGGUUGAUGGAAUCCUUAAUUCAAUUUAAUAAAUCAAAUAAAUUUGAUCAUUAGUUUAUAAGUUUAGAUGCCUAACCAAAAGAAAUGUAUGGUUAAAUUAAAAAAUAUUGUUUAUUCAAGCCAAAAAAAUAACUAGGAAUAUGA